AUGCGGAGAAAUUUAAAAAUAUUUUUGAUAUUGGUCGUGUCAUGGAUUUUGGUUGCCGUAUAUUAUUUUGACGGAGCUUACAAAAACAGAAACCGGGCAUUGCGGUUGCGAGAAAAACAAACAAUUGUAGUAACCCCACAGGAGCUUACCCACAAUUGGCAGCAUAGUCAAUACAGUCCAUCCACAUCACCGAAAGAGCAUGUGGUACAUAACUCUUUAACGCAUUUGUCUUCACCCCGACAUACGUGGGAUUAUUUUGACGAGAUAGGAUACAUACAAAAGGGUAGUUUACAACAAGGAGAAGAUCCUUAUCUACGUAAUCGAUUUAAUCAACAAGCAAGUGACAGUUUAAAAAGCAAUCGUGACCUGCCUGAUACACGAAAUCCAAUGUGUCGAAAAAAAUGGCCUGCUCAACUUCCAGCCACAAGCGUGAUCAUAACGUUUCACAACGAGGCUCGCAGUACACUUCUACGCACAAUAGUUAGCGUACUAAACAGAUCACCCGAACAAUUGAUACAUGAGAUAAUUUUGGUGGAUGAUUACUCUGAUUUUCCAGAGGACGGCCAGGAGCUGGCUAAAAUUCACAAAGUCAAGGUAAUCAGGAACGACAAACGAGAAGGUUUAGUAAGAUCACGUGUUCGGGGUGCUGAUGCAGCUGAAGCCUCGGUGUUAACCUUUUUGGACAGCCAUUGUGAGUGCAAUAUUGGGUGGUUGGAGCCUUUAUUAAUUAGAGUAACAGAAGAUCCCACUCGUGUAGUUUGUCCUGUGAUUGAUGUUAUUAGUAUGGAUACGUUUCAGUAUAUUGGUGCUUCUGCAGAUCUGCGCGGCGGUUUUGACUGGAAUUUAGUGUUUAAAUGGGAAUACUUGAGCAAUGCAGAGAGACAUGAUCGUCAAAAGGAUCCUACAAUUCCUAUUCGAACGCCAAUGAUAGCAGGCGGCCUGUUUGUGAUAGAUAAAACAUAUUUCGAAAAACUAGGAAAAUACGAUACACAAAUGGAUAUUUGGGGUGGUGAAAACUUAGAAAUUAGCUUCCGCGUUUGGCAAUGUGGUGGAAGUUUGGAGAUUAUACCAUGCAGCAGAGUAGGUCACGUGUUUCGUAAGCGCCACCCGUAUACAUUUCCAGGUGGUGGAAGUGGGAAUAUUUUUGCGAAAAAUACUCGACGAGCAGCAGAGGUAUGGAUGGAUGAUUAUAAACAAUACUACUAUGCGGCGGUACCUUUGGCGAAAAAUAUACCUUAUGGCAACAUUGACGAACGACUAGAACUCAAGCAACGCCUGCACUGUAAACCUUUCAAAUGGUAUUUAGAUAAUGUUUAUCCGCAAUUAACCAUACCUGAACAGCAUAGCAAAGGCAGCAUACGGCAGGGUGCAUAUUGUUUGGACACACUCGGUCAUCUCGUAGAUAAUAUAGUAGGACUCUAUCACUGCCAUGAUAGUGGAGGGAAUCAGGAUUGGACUAUAACCAAAAAAGGGCAAAUAAAACAUCUUGACCUGUGCAUAACGUUGCUAAAUUUUUCAGUGCGAUCACGUUUCAAUGUUGUGAUAUUGAAGUACUGCGAUGAAUCAGUAAACCAACAAUGGCACAAAAGAGAAGGUGGACUGAUACAACAUAGUAAAAUUAACGUUUGCUUAGACUCUCGUUAUGUAAAAGAGAAAGGUAUUACGGCAGAAAGAUGCAACUCUGCACUCGAAUCACAACGCUGGAUAUUUUAUGACAAGUAA